UGCCAAACCUGAUCAUGAGGCUAUAGUUAGCUCUCCUGUGCUAGUAUAUAAGGCUCCAUAGUGUCAAAAUGUACAUGUCGGUCAAGCGGACUUGGCGUAGGCUCUUGGCUCUUCUCCUGACCAACCCCAAAAACUCCAUAUAACUUCGAGAGAUGGCACCCAAAAAGGCCAAGAGGAGGCAGCAGGGAGAGGGUGGCAGCUCCAAUGUGUUCUCCAUGUUUGAGCAGAGCCAGAUCCAGGAGUACAAGGAGGCCUUCACCAUCAUCGACCAGAACAGAGACGGCAUCAUUAGCAAGGAUGAUCUGAGGGACGUGUUGGCCUCCAUGGGUCAGCUGAACGUGAAGAACGAGGAGCUGGAAGCCAUGAUCAAGGAGGCCAGUGGUCCAAUCAACUUCACCGUCUUCCUCACCAUGUUUGGCGAAAAGCUGAAGGGUGCUGAUCCCGAGGACGUCAUUGUUAGCGCUUUCAAGGUCCUUGACCCCGAGGGUACCGGCUCCAUCAAGAAGGAUUUCCUUGAGGAGCUUCUGACCACCCAGUGCGACAGGUUCAGCGCAGAGGAGAUGAAAAACCUGUGGGCCGCCUUCCCUCCAGAUGUGGCUGGCAAUGUCGACUACAAGAACAUCUGCUACGUCAUCACACACGGAGAGGAGAAGGAGGAGGAGUAAACUCCUUUCCAGCUACUAUUUAUCUACCUCUUACCUCAACCCCCUCACAUGUGGUUCCUUCACUGGUUCCUUCUUCUCUAUGGCAUGUUCAGGUUCCCUCCUUGAAUGAAUGUUCCUCUCGCUCACACGGCUGAUAAUAAAAGACUUUAACUCCAUGGCUGAGAUCCUGAACUGGAAGUCAGGAUGGCUUUUGGAGGUGGUGGGAACAUUUUCAGUAAACAAUAAUGCCGUGUCGUCAAACCACGCCAUCUCACAAUGUUCUCUCUGCUUUUCUUUGGUACACGUUUGUUUAUUCUCACAACCUACAAUAAAGAGCAGAGGAACACG